AUGCCCCACUCGUAUCCAGCCCUUUCUGCUGAGCAGAAAAAGGAGUUGUCCGACAUUGCCCUGCGGAUUGUAGCCCCAGGCAAAGGCAUUCUGGCCGCAGAUGAGUCUGUAGGUAGCAUGGCCAAGCGACUGAGCCAAAUCGGGGUAGAGAACACCGAGGAGAACCGCCGGUUGUACCGCCAGGUCCUGUUCAGUGCUGAUGACCGUGUAAAGAAGUGCAUCGGCGGUGUCAUCUUCUUCCAUGAGACACUCUACCAGAAAGAUGAUAAUGGUGUCCCCUUCGUCCGCACCAUCCAGGAUAAGGGGAUUGUCGUGGGCAUCAAGGUUGACAAGGGUGUAGUGCCUCUAGCCGGAACUGAUGGAGAAACCACCACUCAAGGGCUGGAUGGGCUCUCAGAGCGCUGUGCCCAGUACAAGAAGGAUGGCGCUGACUUUGCCAAGUGGCGCUGCGUGCUGAAAAUCAGUGAGCGCACACCCUCAGCACUUGCGAUUCUGGAGAAUGCCAAUGUGCUGGCCCGCUAUGCCAGUAUCUGCCAGCAGAAUGGGAUUGUGCCUAUUGUGGAACCUGAGAUUCUGCCUGACGGAGACCAUGACCUCAAACGUUGCCAGUACGUUACAGAGAAGGUCCUGGCUGCUGUGUACAAGGCCCUGAGUGACCAUCACGUGUACCUGGAAGGCACCCUACUCAAGCCAAAUAUGGUGACCCCUGGCCAUGCCUGCCCCAUUAAGUAUAGCCCAGAGGAGAUCGCCAUGGCAACUGUCACUGCCCUGCGUCGCACUGUGCCCCCGGCUGUCCCAGGAGUGACCUUCCUGUCUGGGGGUCAGAGUGAAGAAGAGGCAUCUCUCAACCUCAAUGCUAUCAACCGAUGCCCCCUUCCCCGGCCGUGGGCCCUUACCUUCUCCUAUGGGCGUGCCCUGCAAGCCUCUGCACUCAAUGCCUGGCGAGGGCAACAGGACAAUGCUGGGGCCGCCACUGAGGAAUUCAUCAAGCGGGCCGAGGUGAAUGGGCUUGCAGCCCAAGGCAAGUAUGAAGGCAGCGGAGAAGAUGGUGGAGCGGCAGCGCAGUCCCUCUACAUUGCCAACCACGCCUACUGA